AUGAAGCCUGCAGCUCGUGACCGUGAAGGCCAGGGCUUUGCCCAUCCGUCCUGCAUCCCGAGGCUUCGCCGCCGGCGGCCGGAAGCCACGCGGCUCUUACGCCCUAUGGCCGCCGCGGGGUCCGCGAAGGUGGCGUUGCGGGUGGCGGAAGUGCUGGAGACCAUCGUGAGCUGCUGCGUGGGACCCGAGGGGCGGCAAGUUCUGUGUACGAAGCCCACCGGCGAGGUGCUGAUCAGUCGGGAUGGAGGCUGCCUUCUGGAGGCGCUACACUUAGAACAUCCCAUAGCCAGGAUGUUGGUAGCCUGUGUUUCCAGUCAUCUAAGAAAAACAGGAGAUGGUGCUAAAACAUUUAUUAUCUUUCUUUGUCACUUACUCAGAGGACUUCAUGCAGUAACAGACAAAGAACAGGAUUCUUUGAUUUCCAAAAAUAUUCAAACCCAUAGAAGGCAUUGGAAAAAUUGUUGUCAGUGGAAAUUUAUUUCUCAGGCUCUUCUGAAGUUUCAGACACAAGUAUUAGAUUAUAUUAUGGGCCACUACUUAAGCAAACACUUUUUGUCCAUCUUUUCUUCAUCCACUAAAGAGAGAACAUUGUGUAGAAGCUCUUUAGAGUUGCUCUUAGAAGCAUACUUUUGUGGAAGAGUGGGAAGAAAUAAUCAAAAAUUUAUUUCACAAUUGAUGUGUGACUACUUUUUCAAGUGUAUGGCUUGUGAAAGUGGAUGUGAAGAAGUAUUUGAGUUAGUGGAUGACUAUUUUAUAGAGUUGAACGUCGGUGUCACUGGCCUUCCUGUCUCAGAUUCCAGGAUCAUAGCUGGGCUUGUGCUUCAUAGAGACUUUUCUGUAUACUGUCCAGCAGAUGGUGACAUAAGAAUAGUGAUAGUAACAGAGACUAUUCAGCCCCCUUUUUCAACUUCUGGAUCAGAGUUUAUUUUAAAUUCAGAAGCACAGUUUCGGACAUCUCAGUUUUGGAUUAUGGAAAGGACAAAAGCAAUCAUGAAACAUUUACAGAGUCAGAAUGUAAAAUUGCUGCUGUCUAGUGUGAAACAACCAGAUUUAGUUAUUUAUUAUGCAGGACUGAAUGGCAUAUCUGUCGUGGAGUGUUUAUCCUCUGAAGAAGUAUCUCUUAUCCAGAGGGUUGUUGGUCUUUCUCCCUUUGUAUUGCCACAUACCUCUUCGCGGUAUGAAACCUGUAACACUGCUUUGAUGAAUUUUUGUAAGCCCCUUAUCCUUAGAUCCAAAAGGUAUGUUCAUCUUGGCUUGAUUGGCACAUGUUCGUUUAUACCACACUGUAUAGUACUUUGUGCACCAGUGCAGGGUCUUGUGGAACAGCAUAAAAGUGCUUUACAUGGAGCAUUUAAAAUGCUUCGGCAGUUAUUUAAAGACCUUGAUCUAAAUUACAUGAUACAAGCCAGUGAUCAAAAUUAUGCAUCAAGUCCUCUUACCUACAAGAAUAGCAGAGAAAGUAUGCCAUUGCCAGAAAUUGUUAAUGGCUCAAUGCAAAGCCCAUAUCAGGGCACAGUUGUAGAGAACAAAGGUAAGCUGGCAACAACUCAAACAUAUUUAAAAGUAUAUUCAAAUUUUGUGGUUCCAAGUGUAGAAUUAGAAACACAUAUUCCACGUUCAAUACCAAAAGUGACACCAACAGAUACAUACCAGACAGAUGAAACAUUGAGAUAUUUAUCUCUAGCCAGGAUAGUUGAUGACAGUGAACCAUUUAUGGAGAGUAAUUCUGCUAAUUCAACAACAGAAAACACUAGAAUAGAAAUUUCUUGUGAAAAUUUACAAGUCACAGAAAUUGCUGGAAGGGGAAGCAUGUUAGCAGUGAGAGAGAAGUCACUGGAGAUGUGUACAUCCCGCGGUUACUGCUUCUCAUCUAUACCAGCAGGUUGUGUUUUGCCAGUGGGUGGUAAUUUUGAGUUUUUGUUACAUUACUAUCUUCUUAACUACGCCAAAAAAUGUCGCCAAUCAGAAGAAACUAUGGUUAGCGUGAUAAUAGCUAAUGCUCUUUUAGGCAUUCCCCAAAUCCUGUAUAAGUCUAAGAAGGGAAACUGUAGCUUUCCACAAAUAUAUGUAAGAACUCUCCAUGCGAUACAAACCCAUCAACCCAUGGUAAGCAGUCAGACAGGUUUGGAAUCGGUAGCUAGUAAAUACCAAUUACUAACUUCCGUUCUUCAAUGUUUAACAAAAAUUUUAACCAUUGAUUUGGUAAUCAAUAUUAAGAGACAACCUCAGGAAGUUUAUGAUCAAGAUUCAGAAGAGGAAGUAUAA